AUGCCUCACAAAAAGCCAGUCACUGAUACUUAUCAUCCGAUCGGUUACGAAGAAAAUCAACAACAUCUCGGCCAACGCGAAAAACCCAAAGACAAAGAAGUCGAAGGACCACAAGCUGGACUUGGCGGUGAAAAAGGAAGUAAAAUAUGUGGACAAGCUGGUCCUGAACUACUAGGAGGGUCGGCAAGCACACGUAUUCUUGGUCAAUCUAUUGAUGAACAGUUGACGAAAACUUUACCACCGAGUAGUGAAUGA